AUGUCUGAUGUCGUCAUGUAUGAUGAGGAGUUGAAAGGGCUUGAGGAUCAAAUAAGCUCGCUUCUUCGAGCACUGGAUUCAACCACCAACCGUAACCAAAGGCUAGAAAAGUAUAAUAAGGCUCAGGAUUUCAUGAAGCGUCUUCACAAAACACACCAACAAUUUAAGGUGGAGGUGCGGCUGCUAGAAGGUAAUGAGCAGGAUGUCUACGAAAAGAAGGGGCAAAUGCAUCUCUUCCGAAUUAAUCAGUUGAAAGGCGAAUUGCAGUCAAAAAAGGUGGAAGAAACACUCGUUGGUGCAUCUCGAGAAAAUACUGUGUGGUCCCCAACCUCACCAAGGAAUGAUGGAAAGGACGCAGCGCGCGCUGUAGCGCAGCGUGUUAAUACCAUUCAAACUUCAACAUUGGGUUCCCUAGCCAUGACAGAGCGAUUGUUGAAUGACACAGAAACUGUCGGUGUAGAUGCUUCAGCGAAACUUCGUGGCCAGACCGAGCAAAUACAACAGGUCAAUGGGAAUUUAGAUGAAUUAGAUUCAGAGGUGGAUCGGGCGAAGAAGGAGCUUGCGGCAUUUGUUCGACGUAUGAUGACUGACAAGAUUAUAAUUUGUUUUUCUGUGCUUAUACUGAUUGGUAUCAUCGUCAUUGUUGUUCUAAAAGUGACCAAGAAGUAG